AUGGGUCAUUCAGUGGAAUUGCUUUAUCACUUUCUAAAUAAAAUUUUGGAUCUUCUCGCCAAGCGUUUGGGGAAUAAGAGGAUCAUCGCUGAGACAGGAGCUGGUCAACACGGUGUUGCUACAGCCACUGUGUGUGCCCAGUAUGGUCUAGAGUGUAUUAUCUCUAUGGGUGCUCAAGACAUGGAGAGGCAAGCACUCAAUGUCUUCAGAAUGCGACUUCUUGGUGCCGAGGUGAGAGGAGUUCACUCUGGAACAGCCACAUUGAAGGACGCGACAUCCGAAGCGAUAAGAGAUUGGGUGACGAACGUUGAGACUACACAUUACAUAUUGGGAUCUGUGGCGGGUCCUCAUCCUUACCCUAUGAUGGUCAGAGACUUUCACGCGGUGAUCGGUAAAAAAACGAGUAGACAAGCGUGGGAGAAAUGGGGCGGGAAGCCAGAUGUCUUGGUGGCUUGUGUCGGUGGUGGCUCAAACGCGAUGGGACUGUUCCAUGAGUUUGUGGAUGACAAAGAGGUCAGGAUGAUCGGUGUGGAAGCUGCAGGGUUCGGAUUGGACAGUGGCAAACACGCUGCCCCGUUGACAAAGGGAGAUGUUGGUGUUCUACAUGGAGCUAUGAGUUACUUGCUGCAAGAUGAUGAUGGUCAAAUCAUUGAACCUCAGUGCAGGGUAAGAGCCAAUCAGAACAUGCCUAAUCAUAAGUUUCCAGAUUGUUGAUUUGAUCACGGUUUGGUUUUCUCUUAUAGAUUGGACUACCCUGGAGUUGGACCGGAGCAUAGUUUCUUUAAAGACAUGGGAUGGGCUGAAUACUAUAGCGUUACGGAUGAAGAAGCGUUGGAAGGUUUGUAUCAAUGUAUAGUCUCUGUCUUUUUCAUUAAAGUAAAAACGUGUUCGUUAACGCGAAGGUUUGUAGCGUUCAAUAGAGUCUCAAGGUUAGAGGGAAUCAUUUCAGCACUGGAGACAUCGCACGCUCUAGCACACCUUGAGAAGCUAUGUCCAAAGUUACCAGAUGGAGCAAGAGUCGUCUUGAACUUUAGCGGAAGAGGAGAUAAAGAUGAUCAGACUGUAGCUAAAUAUCUUGAAGUUUGAGGGAAAAUAAAAUAUUUUCUGCUUUAAAAAAUUUAGACAGUGAAAUCUUUUUGUACUUGUAAGCUAUUUGUACUUGUGCAUCUCCGGUCGGGACGUUUACAAAAAGAACGGAAACAGAAAAAGAACUACCAACCAAAGAUAACAAAAUUUGAAUAAAAAUUGUAAUUCUCAAUAAGAAAAACAUUCCAUAUUUUCUAAAAAGGUGGACUGAAACUCUUCUUCAGUAUGAUGUUCUCUCUUUUGUGUUCAAUUUUGAAGAUACAAGUAGCUCUGGGAAUUUCGAUUUUGGGUUCAGUGUUCAAUCUUUAUUUUAGAUAAUUAUGACUUUUUUGGUUAUUUAUGAAUUUCAAUUUGGUUAAUCAUUGGUUAUUUAGGUUUUCAAUUCGUUUCGGACAAUAAAAUUGGAAAUCGGCUGAUUUAGAGAAAGUUUCAGGUCUAAUUAAUUCAAUUAUGUUUUUAAUAUAAUUUUGUUAAUUUAGAUACUUUCUGUGGAUAAAUUAGAUUUUUUCAAAAAAAGUAAUUAGGUAGUUCAGAAUUUUCAGAUAAUAUUGGAUAAUUUAGAUAAUUUGAAAUAUUUUGGAUAAAAAGACAUUUGGAUAAUUCGGUUUAAAAGUAAAUUGUUAGGAUAUCUGGUUAUUGUUAAACUAAAGAAAUUAAUUAUUUUAGAUACAUAAACUAUGUUUUAACAUUUGAGUAUUCAUUCGGUUUCGAUUUGGUCUCGAUUUUUUUUAUUUCAAAAAUGUAAGAUAUGUGUAAAUAUUUAUGAAAUUUAGUUUGGUUCUUCGGCUCUGGGUAAAUGUGUCCAUGUCUACAUGCAUGAUAUAGUUAUUUUGUAAAAAUAUACGAAAUUUGUAAAAGCAUUUUCCCUACGCAGUCGAUGAUUUAUAGCUUAUGUUUAUUAAAUCAAUUUCAGCUUUGUUAUUUCUGACAUUGCAGCUGGACGUUAGCCUAGGCUAGAGCUCAUAUUUAUCCUCGCUAUUUCAUACAUAAUACGUGUUAGACAGUAAAUGUUUUGAAAUCUUUCCCUUCUUCUCUUUUACAUACUAAAGGUGUUGUUUUCUAAUGUUCUGUUAUUUAAUUUAUGUGUGAAACAUUUUCGCACCAAAAGCUAUUUUCAUUAUUAUGUAACCCAAACGGGGUAAGUCGUGACCAAAUAAUUUUUUCACCUCAAAAUUUUUUUUUUAUAAAAAUAUUUGAAACAAAAAGAUAUUUUUCUCUUUAUCUCAAAAAAUGAAUAUUGAUACAUUAAUUUGUAAUAAACUAUUUUUAACCAAUAGCAUCUCCAAAAGACAAUUUCUUUUUUUAAAAGUUUACAUUUUACCAAUAAACAAUGGAUUGAAAAUGUAAAAAAAAAAUUUGAAAUAAUGUGUAUUUUUUUUGAAAUGGAAAAAUUUACUCAUAUAUAUUUACUAGAUCUAUAAUUACAAGUUAGUUUUUUUCCUUGCUAGAUUCUUUAGAUUUAUCCAACUCGAGAAAUUACCAAAAAUGAUGUGAUGGCACUAUGAAAAAAUAAGUAAAUCAAAACUAAUUAUCAAGACAACAUGAUAUAUUUAGACUUACAUACAUAAUUUAACUAAUAUAUUUAUUUUUAAAUAUAAUGACUUAUAUUAAAUAUUUACUCUAAUUAUUUAUAUUUUUUUAAAAUUAUCAUUCCGCCUGUGCUGGUAUUAUAGAGAUCUGUUUGUUGUCCUUUCAGUCUCCACAUUAUCGAUUCUCUAUUUUAUUUUUAAAAAGGACGAGUCAAUAGUUGGCAAAGACAUCGUCAAAUAUUUUGUGAAUAUUUUUUCUAGAAAAAUGAGCAUACAUGUGGUGAGUGGUGGGGGUGAGAAGUGAGAACUAAGAAGGAUUCGAUUUCAAUACCUCAUUUUUUUAAUCAUACACUUAGUGUUAAACCAAAUAUGUUUUGGUUCCAGGCCUAUAACUUUUGGGGAUGGAGAUUAAAGUAGGUUAAUUAGUCUCUUUUCGGUUGUUGAUGUUUGAACUUCUGAGUUCCUUUUCAGUGACCUAGCUACAAUAGUUGAUAUCGUCGAUGCUGAAUACCACCUGACAUUUAUUUCUUUUACAAGAGCAUCUCCGAAAAGAAAAAGUUUCUAAAACUCUAUAUUUGAAGUUUAAAUGUGUUCUUCUCCGAAAGUAAAACUCUAAACUCAACUUCAAAACUAUUUAUAUUUUCUAAUAUAAUUCUUAUAUUUGUCAUAACUAAUUUGAAUUCUUAAAACUUUUGUAAAUAACUAGCACAUAUAUAAACAUAUUACAACAAUAUUAAUUAAUAAAAUAUUCUAUUAAAAUAUAAAAAUUUAAAUAAAAAUAACUUAAUUAAUAUUAAACUUCAAACAAAAUACCAUAUUAUUUCAUAAAAUGAUUUUCGUAAUGCAUAUAUGAUCUAUUAGUGCAUUUCGAAAUAAAAAUGGUUCUCCUCAUUUUUACUUUGUAGAUUACGAACUAAAACUUUUUGAAAUCGGGUAAUAUUUAUACUUGUAAAUACAUUAGACCGGAACAAUAAAAUAAAAGAGAAACAUAAAAUAUUGGUAAAAGGCUAAUUUAUUUUCGAUGAUAUUAAUACUCGUGAAUAUAUUCGAUAUGAACAAGAAAGAAUUGUAUGAAAAAAACAUCAAAAACAACAACAACAACCAUCUUCAGUUACACAAAAAAAAUUGGACAAUAUUUGAAAAUUUUUAAUGUUCCGGAUCAAAGUUACCUAACUAUUAGUGUUGUUGUAAUAUUUAAAUUUGUAUAAC